UGCUGCCUGUCUUCCUGCUCCAAGCAUGGUCACAGCUCACUACAGGCAUCCCUUGAGGCUGAGUGACCCAUGGCUGCUGGGCAUCCUGGUGUACUUGCUGCUCUGGGGGUCUCCAGGGGCCUGGGCAAGCUACCUGAGGAGAUCCUCCAGCUGCACACCCAUCCCACCCCACAUGGCGUUGUGCUACAACAUCGGCUACUCCGAGAUGAGGAUUCCCAACCUGCUGGAGCAUGAGACCAUGCCAGAAGUGAUCCAGCAGUCCUCCAGCUGGCUGCCCUUGCUGGCCAGGGAGUGCCACCCAGACGCUAGGAUCUUCCUCUGCUCCCUCUUUGCACCAAUCUGUUUGGACAGGCUCAUCUACCCCUGCCGCAGCCUGUGCGAAGCUGUCAAGAGAAGCUGCGCUCCUGUCAUGGCUUGUUACGGGUACCCCUGGCCCGAAAUCCUCAACUGCAACAAGUUCCCUGCUGAUCACGAGCUGUGCAUCGCAGCAGUGUCCAUGGAUGAAAACUCCACCAGCAGAACAGUACCCCGAGCCAGCUGCAAGGACUGUGAGCUUGAGGAAGCCCGCACUGCCAGGGAGAUCCUGGAAAACCUCUGUGCCAAUGAUUUUGCAGUGAAAAUACGAAUCAUGAGGAAGAACGCCACCACUACCAUCUCAGACUUCGACCUGGACACCUCCAGGGUGGAGGUCCUGAAACAUGGUCCCCUCCUCAGAACUGAAGUCCCUGGCAGGCUCCAGCAGUGGCUGGACAUAGAUGCGACCUGCGUCCACAACAUCAUGAGAGGCACACACACAGGGGUCUUCGUUGUAAGCGGUGAAGUGCAGAGUGACAAAGUGGUGGUGAACAAGGCCUACGCCUGGCAGAAGAAGAACAGGAACCUGCACCAGGCAGUGCGGAGGUGGAAACAUCACCGCUGCCCUGAUCAGGCUGGCCGGAAGGUCUGAAAGGUUUGAAUUCCAACAGUAAGAAACUGCUCCCUUCCCUAUGGCUAGAAAACUCCUUUCCCUGGAAGUCGGUGUUUUGGAGAUGUACAGUCAAUAUUUUUAGGUGAUUCAAAGCAGUCAUAGUCCACAGAUAGGCCCUCACUACACUGAGACAGAGCUUGAGGGUGCAGGUUUAACAUACUCCUCACACAAGGCUCUGCAGAUCCAGGAGUUGCAGUGGAUGGCUUUGUGUAGGAUCCGAGGUCACAACAAAACCAAACUGAACUCUGCAGGCAAAAGACCUUUGGUGCCAAUUCCUCCUAGUUCUUGUCAUCAAAGUCGAUAGCCAUUUCAGCUUCAUUAUUUGAACCUGAGCCACUGAUGCUGUCCAAGUGCCUGCUUGCUUUCUGUCCAGAGAGAUUAGACAAAAGUCCCCCUGACUGCUAAGUGAUGCUGUUUGUGUAAUGGAAAAGAUACUCUUGAACAGUCUGAGAUAAAUUAGGGGGGAGACAACCCACCCCUGCAAUGUCUGGCCCCUUAAAGAAUUUAAUAUUAAACUCAGGCUGUCUCUUCAGCUUGCUGCAUGAGAAUUGACAAGCAUCUUCAGAGGUAAAAGAAACAGCUGUUCUCAUGCAGGAAAGGCAGACAGCAAAGAUAGCUGAGGGCUUCUGCAUAACAGGAAAAGCCACUUUUUAAUACCAGAAAUUCAGUUUGGAUCCCCAGUAACUGGGAUAUCGAGAUCUCACAAGAGCCUUGAGAAAGAGCAGAGCAGGAAUGAGACAUCAGCCAUUGAAACCUCUGCUUUUGUGGGCAACAGCAGCUUUGCCUGGGACUUGGAGUGAGCCCUAAUCCCAGCACAACAGCAGCUACUCGCAGCUGUGAUAAGGGAAGGGGAGAGAAACAUUACACAGUUGUCUGGCCUUAUUUCUGCAUGCAGAGGCAGAAAAGGUCGAAGAAGUCAAUCUCACCAAGCUCUCUGCAGCUCACUCUCACCCAGGUAAGCAAGGACUAAUUCCCUGUUGCAACUCUACAAUCCGGACCAGAGAGCAGAAAACAGCAAAUCCCCAAAUGAAGAAACAAGUCGGAUUUCUACAGCCUAACAAAAAUUAAGUGGAAAGUUUUCCACACUAGAUUAAACUUGGGACUGAAAUAAAGGGAAAACCAGCUUUUCUGUGUGGUUCACGCUGCCUGCGGUCUUGGCUGUGGGCAGCCACCCUCUUUGAUGGAGACACUGCCUCCCUGUGCUCGUAAAGCACACCAACAACUUGUGAUGUGAUCCCUUCAGCUUCAGUGUGGGCCGAGAGGAGCCCUCAGACACACACUGAAAUUCAGCUGUGCUUGACAUUUGUGCAGCAAUUACUUCUAUUCCCUGAGGAUCUGAAGAAAAACACAGCCAGAUUUCCUAGGUUUUAUUCCUCCCUACUACCUUUUCUUGCAAACUGCCAUCCAAUCCGCAGAAUCCACUCUCAAGUGAUCCUGGCAAUGGCAGCAUCUUCUGAACUAUGUUUGGAAAACACACCAGAACAUAUAAAAGCUCUGAAGGUUGAAAAGUCUUUGUCUGAUAUUUGUUUUCUAUUAAUAGGAUUAUUUGAUCACUAAUGUUUCCUAACUAAAAAGUGUACAGAUGGUCUGACUUAUGAGCUUUAGAAAUGAUGUCUCAUAGCCAGAGGUGGGGGAAAAAGUAGGGCAGGGACUUUUUCAUAGCUCCAUGAAAUACACUUGGGUUCAGUGCAGAUGACU